AUGAGAUCCCCGCCAUUAAUCAAAGGUAACUCAAGAUCGAGUCUUGCAGAUAGACCGGCUUUGUUUGCAUUGAUGCAUACACUCUCAAAUUCUGAGAUGUGGGUCAACAUUCGUGGUGGAAUUGAACAUGGAAUCCGAAGAUUAACCGUGGAGACUCAUUCGGAGACCGAAGGUUUGCUUUUAGGACACGGUCACCGAGUCGGAGAUGUUUAA